UAUUAUUUUCCAAUUAAAAAUUAAUUAAGAACCAAAGUACCUUAAUUAAUUAGUCAGCUAUCUUAUCCUAUAAAUACAGAUAAAUUACACCCAAUUCAUUCAAUCAAUACAAGGAACAAUAUCUUCUCAAUUAAUUACAUUUAUUAUUAUCAUCGUCAUCAUCAUAAUCCAUGGCGAAGAUCGGGUUGAUCGUGUUCAUGGUCGCCAUGAUGGCAGUGGCGUUGGUGGUGGAGGGUGGCUGUGACGUCGAAAGUCUAAGUCCUUGCUGGGCGGCGUUGGGGGGAGCAACGCCGUCGGCGCUAUGCUGCCGGAGGUUGAGGGACGAGAAGGAUUGUCUAACAUGUGACAACCUCAAAAAGUACCAAAAAUACAUCACCCGAAACCAGGCUGAGCGUAUAGCCCGGGCCUGUAAUGUCCCGAUCCCCGAAUGCUGACUUUCUUGAUUCCAUCGUCGUCGUUGCCAUGGAUAAGGAGUACUUAUCCAUGAACCCUAAAAAAAUGAAUAAGAAUAAGAAUGAGAAUAAUAAUAUAUAUAAGGCAAUGCAAGCUUUAUGUAUUGUGGGAAAUGAAAUUAUAUAAUGUUGUGUUUAAGUUGCUAUAAUGUACUGAAAAUAAAAUUGUUGUGUUCGUGGAUAUAUAUAUAUAUAUAUAGAGAGAGAGAGAGAGAUAUAGAUAUGUGGCGUCAGUUUGGGUGUGUAAAACAUGUGUUAUGUGAAUUAUAUAUUAUGUUGAAAUCAUCAUAUAUUGUGUUACAUAGAAUUAUUUAAUAUGUUAUAUUAUACUCCCUCUGUCCCAUAUAUAUAUAUAUAUUCAUUUAUUUUUUGCACAAAGUUUUAAAAAUAUUAGUAUUAUAUUGAGAUAAAGUAGAAAUAAAGGUAAAAAGAUUAAAUUACCCCUAUUACUAUUGUAUGAUAUAAAGGUAAUGACAUUUGUGUAAUAUAUUGUAAAUUGGAAGGGUAUUUGUAAUGUUAGAUAGAUAGUACAAUUACUAAAAAAAAAUAGAUAUUUUGUUAUGGGACGGACCAAAAUAAAAAAUUGGAUAGAUUGUUAAGAGACGGAUGGAUGGAGUAUAUUCUAUUAAUAUUUGUUAUGGCAGUUACAUAUUGUGAUGUAUUGUAUAAUUUGUUUAUUGUGCU